GUGCGAUCCUUUCUGUCCCCUCUGCUGGCAUGGAUUAUCUUCAAAGCAGCUUUUGCUUUGGUUUCUGAAGAUACAAAGAAAGAGGUCAAGCAAUCUAAGAAUUUGGAGAAAGGUGGUAUCUCAAGGAAGAGUGACAUAGGUGAAGAUCGCUGUGCAAAUGUUCUGGUCUCUCCCGAAGACACGGGGAGAACACUUUUCAGAUUGACGUAGUGGCUCGUGAUUUGUAUUGGAAACGACAGCUCGUAUGUUAGAUUUGAUGUCCUUGGCCACCAUUUGAUUUAAAAGGAAUUGUAUUUGUCAUCCAGAGUCAAAGUAAUUCUUUUCAUGCAAAGAGAGCAGAACAGUUAAAACAAAGCAUCUUAAAGCAAGCGGCAAAUCUUACACAGGAACUCCCAAGAGUCCUCCUCCUUCAUCAGAUGUCUAAGCAGGAGGGUGCAUGGACCAUACUUCCAUUGUUACCACACUUUUCUGUAACGUAUAGCAGAAAUUCAUCAUGGAUUUUCUUCUGUGAAGAAGAGACAAGAAUACAAAUUCCAGAACUCUUAGAAACACUCAGAAGAUAUGACCCAUCCAAGGAAUGGUUUUUAGGAAAAGCAUUACAUGAUGAAGAAUCUACAAUAAUUCACCAUUAUGCCUUUUCUGAAAAUCCUACCGUUUUUAAAUAUCCAGACUUCGCUGCUGGCUGGGCUCUUAGUAUUCCACUUGUAAACAAGCAGCUCCCCGAGUGCUCCUUUUGGCCAGGCACGGUGGGCGGGCGGUGCUGGCCAUACAAAGAAGCUGUGGCGCAGAAGGGGACUUACACACAACAGGAUGUCGCACAUGUGAUCAAAGUAAUGGAGCUUCCUUCCUAUUCUGGGAGCAAAGGAAGUUUCCACUUAUGCUGGUGGGCAAGUCUGGCAAAGUUCUGCAGAGAAAGUGCCCUUGAGUUUGAUCUGGAAGAAAGGUUUGCCAGGCUUACCAAGAGGUUAAGGAGUGAAUCCCUGAAAUCCGACUUCACAAUAGAUUUAAAACAUGAGAUUGCCCUCUAUAUCUGGGACAAAGGGGAUGGGCGUCCCCUUACUUCGGUGCCCGAGUUUUGUACAGAUGCUGUGAAUGCCUACUGUGCUACCACGUUCCGUUCUUUCCUACCACUUUGCGGACAUCCAGUGAAGAAAGAGGAUAUAUUUUUCGCAGUAAAAACAUGCAAGAAAUUUCAUGGUGAUAGAAUCCCCAUUGUAAAGCAGACCUGGGCAGGACAGGCAAGUCUCAUUGAAUACUACAGUGAUCACGCAGAAAGUUCUAUUCCUACGGUAGAUCUGGGGAUUCCUAAUACAGAUAGAGGUCAUUGUGGAAAGACAUUUGCCAUUUUGGAAAGAUUUUUGAAUCACAGCCAUGACAAAAUAGCAUGGUUAGUCAUUGUGGAUGAUGACACGUUAAUAAGCAUCUCCAGGCUCCAGCACUUGCUUAGCUGUUACGACUCCAGCGAACCGCUGUUUCUGGGAGAGCGUUAUGGCUACGGCCUGGGCACUGGAGGCUACAGCUACGUCACGGGAGGAGGAGGAUUAACGGUCUCCAGGAGCUGCUCUAACCCCUUUCUCUGUCUGCUCUGGCUUCCCACUAGAAUGGUCUUCAGCAGAGAAGCAAUCAGGAGACUUCUCGCCAGUAAGUGUCGCUGCUACAGCAAUGAUGCCCCCGAUGAUAUGGUCCUGGGAAUGUGCUUUAGUGGGUUGGGAAUCCCUGUGACACACAGCCCUCUCUUCCAUCAGGCCCGGCCCGUGGAUUAUCCUAGGGACUACCUUUCUCACCAAAUUCCCAUAUCUUUCCAUAAACACUGGAACAUCGAUCCGGUAAAGGUAUAUUUCACGUGGUUGGCACCCGGUGAGGAAGACAAAGCCAGGCAGGAGACACAGAAAGGCUUUAAGGAAGAGUUAUAAAGCGUGCUGGCCUAUGAGCACAGUUUGGUUACGAGACCGGAGUGGAGGCUGGCAUCGUCCUGCGAGCUGUGACCACAUUGCUUCCACGUGCCACAUGGCAUUGGGAGACUCUGACUUUAGGUGGAAAUUAUGUAUAUGGUAUUUUUUGAAGGGGGGGGGAAGAAACAGAGUCGUAGGGGAAACAGAUUUUUUUUUUUCUGGGAAAAAUCACUUGCUUUUUGCAUUAUGCGGUUAUUGUAAUAUACAGUGAUUACUGUGUAUUUUUCAAGCUGUGAUACAGCAGCUUUAUUACUGUCACAGAAAAAUAAAUGGUACCAGAAGUCUCCUUCCUGUUUUCUCUCUUCAUUAUAAAGUGUCAGAUGGGCAUGAGACUGGCAAGACAUGACUGUGUGUAUAUAUAUAUAUAUAUAUACACACACACACCCACUCUACAGUGUGUAUAUAUAUAUAGAAUAUAUAUAUUCUAGUGUAUAUAUAUAUAUAUAUAUAUAUAGAAGAGGCAACAUCCGUUGACAUGGGUAUUACCAUGAUGUGAACUUUUUAACCAUAUUAUUAAUGAUGAAAAUUAUUUUCUGGUUAUUCAGUAGGAAUAAUGCUGUAUUAAAUAUUCAUCAAACAUCAUAAAAGUCGAGAUACGAAGUCCCCCGUAGUCUAUAAUCAGGGUUGUUAUGUUUUAUCUGUUUUUCUGUUGGUGCCUCAUAAAAAGAGAAUAAGAAGUCUUCUGCUAGAGCUUUCUAUUUCUUUCUUUAGAGGUUCAUCUCUGUUCUAUUUCUCCCCGAAGCCCUAUCUUUAUGACCUACUUGUAACACAAAAGUGUGCUGGAUUCUGCCAGAAAAUAGUGUUCUCAAUAUUUAAAAACAAUGUUGUCGGGCUUUAUUCAAGUCUGUGAGUUCUGUGGCAGUCUCAGGAAGUGAAUUAAUUUGUACCUGAUGUUUUACUCUUAUUUUUCUUUGAAUGUUACUUAACGACUCUCUCCUGGCUCAUAAUAGACCCCCCAGUGUACCGUGAAACCCUAGUGGAAAGGCAGCAUGGUGGUUUAGUAAUUUCCCUGGGUUCUUACAAAAUGAGAUUUGAAUAUAGUAUUUUGAAACAGCUCUAGUUUUCAAAUCAUAUCUUUAGUAUCUAGUAAUUUAACACAUUCAUUAUUAAUUUGUAAAAAGUACCCUGUAUGUUAACAUUUUAAUUAUGUAAUUCAGUUUUUCUGAGGGCGUUUGCAUAAAAUUUGAUUUUGAUAUGUCUUAAACUAAUUUCUGUCUAGUAAAAUACUUUCCUCUUUUUAAAAAAAAAUUGCUAUUCAUUAACUUUGUAAGGCUUUUUAUGGCCAAGCACAGGGUUUUAAAGCCAUACCACUAAAAGUACCCAUGUGUGUUUUUUAACAAUACAUUUUCUUGUAGCUUAGCUUGGGCUCAUUUCCAAAAUGAUGCAAUAGUAUUUUUUACUGGUUUCCAAAUUAGCAAAAACCAGAACUGGUGUGUUUUUGGUGGUGACCGAAUGCAUUAGAUUCAUUUUUGUGAAAGUGGAUGUGGUGGCCUGUCCAAGGACUGGAUUGGGGACGAGCAGAUGCUUGAGAAGCACCCCAAGGGUCUAUAGAUCCUGUCAGACUGGUGGUGACAUCAGCAUCGUUGUCAGAGCUGGGAUUGCUGUCCUUGCUAUCGUCACAGUCACCUUCCUGUUAUCUGUGAUCAGUACCCCCCGGGGAGCCUGGCUGCCUGACCCAGUGGAAAAGAGGCUUUGGUUCUUCCUGCUCUGGCCUCCCAAUUGUCAUACUCCCAAUAUGGCACAUUCAUUUGACAGGAUCAAACAGGCGUCUGUACAUGAAGAUCCACGUCAAGCUUUCAGUGCCUUCUACUGAUGCCAGAGUACCUCCUCUGGUACUUGUUGGUGUUUCAUUGAUUGUGUUUACUUUUUGGAACUAUGUCAGCCUAACCACAAAUAAAAGAUGUUUGCCUCAGUUA